GAGAGGAUGGAAUUAUCAACGAUGCCGGACACAGUUGAGGAGCUCAUUGAACAGGUCAAAAACAUAUGCAAACUUUGUGGAGACAUCAGGCUGCAAUACAAGGAUGAUGACUUUGGUGGAACAUUUGUUAACUUGAGCUCAACUUCAAUGAUCAAAGAUCUCACUACAAUCAAGAUCAUACAAGCUGCUCCUGAUAUUGUUCUGAGUUUCAUUGAAAGUGUCCCAUCUGAUUUGAGUGACUUAGACACAAGCCAGGUCUCACGAAACACUGAUACAGAUGACACAGUCAUACUCAGCCGCAGCUCCUCUGACAGUGAGGGACUGAGAAAAGAGCCGUGGCCGAAGGAGUUCAUUAUCCCGCCCUUCUCCCUUGAAACAGAAGGUCAACUUCAGAGAGGGAAUUCAGAAUAUGCACAGAACCAAACCAGACUGACUCCUUCAUCAAAAAUGCUGUCUGACAUACUGGAAAGAUUGGCAGAGAAGAUUUUUUCCUACAAGGCGUACCCCACUGAUGCAGACCUGAGUGAAGUUGCAGAGGCUCUGACAAGGAGACAUCCCUGCCUGAGACAACCAGACUCCUUCAAUGAGAGUUAUGGAUGGAAACUGAAGCUCAAGAGUAAGAUGCACAACUACCGCACUCAGCUGAGGUCACAUGGACUUUCGUCUGAGCUCAUGGUGAACACACUGAAGUCCAAGUCACGAGAAGAUGCUGAUCCCUUCCCAGCAAAGAAUGUCAAAAAGGCAAGAAGAGGUGAGACCAAUUACUAUCCUCAACCCAGCGGAGACAGUCCUGAAAACCUCGAGCAAGAAAGAGCAUCUCUUCUGACAGAAAUAAAGAUAAGAAAUAAUGAGAGAACCAUACGGGAGAAGAUGGCCAGGACUUUUCAGUUCAGGAGGCAAAAGAUUGUGGAUCAGAAGCCAACCAUCGAAAACCUCAUGGAAAGAUGGCCAGCUUUAUUUCAGAUGGGAGAGGUUGAUGCAGAGUUUCAGCGGGUUACUGCAGUUCCCCUCCUGACCAGAUUUAUGGCUCACCUGGACAAGCACUCCCCGCAGCUACUGAAGAUCUUCAGAAAGAAGGGAGGGACCACUAAAGCAAAAACUGCCGCGAUCUUGGAGUUUCUUGAUCAGGGUGCUGAUGCCGAUAUCAGAAGGGAGUGCAUCCUCAAAGCUCUCAUCAUCUACCUAGGAGAACAUGUGGAGGACCUAUUAAAGGAAUACAUGGUGUCCCAGAAAGAUCAAGCCGUGCAGGAGCUGGAGAGGACCACCAUGGCAGUCUUCGUCUUCAGAGAGAAUUCAAGCCUUCUCCAACAGCCCCAAGACGUCGGGAUUAUCAUUGAUGGUGUGGAAGUCCUCAAUGAGUUGCCUUCUGUUGCAGCAGGAGUGAUAAUGCUCUUUGGACUUUGCUAUGCUCUUAACAUGGAAUAUCCACAGGGUUUCAGGUUCACCUUUGAGGCCCUUCAGAAGAUCCUGAUGGAGCUUGGUUCCAACAAGAUGACUUCCAAGAUUCGCAAACUCAGUGGUGAACUCAAAACUGCACAGUAGUGUAUGUGUGCUUAGUGUGUGCUUAGUAGUUGCCACUGGCUUUU